AUGAAGAAAAACAAGGGCCCCUCAUCCAGGAGAGCUGAAAUCCAGCAUCUGUUUCAACACUACCUGGAUGGACAGACCUCUCUGCCUGCCAGGGACUUCCUCACGUUCCUCCACAAGGAGCAGUGGGAGCUCGAAACAAGUCUGGAGGAGGUUGAGAGUUUGAUUGAUAGAUAUGAGAUUGAAGAGACUGCCAAAGAAAGAAGGUCUCUGACAUUUGAGGGUUUCCUCAGGUACAUGGAGUCCAAAGAAUGUUGUGUGUUUGAUCAGGACCACACAUCUGUGUACCAACACAUGGACCAGCCCCUCACCAGCUACUUCAUCUCCUCUUCACAUAACACCUACCUGACUGGAGAUCAGCUGGUUGGGAAGAGUCACCUGGAUGCCUAUCUUUGUGCUCUGAGGAAAGGCUGUCGCUGUCUGGAGAUUGACUGCUGGGAUGGUCCAGACAUGGAGCCUGUAGUCUACCAUGGAUACACCCUGACCACCAAGAUACUCUUUAAGGAUGUCAUCUCUACAGUCGAGCAACAUGCCUUCGAGGUGUCUGCCUACCCUGUGAUCCUGUCAUUAGAGAACCACUGCUCCCAGGAGCAGCAGGAGGUCAUAGCUCAGUACCUCAUCUCCAUCCUGGGGGACAAGCUGUUGAGGACUCCUUUGGAUCACCAAACUAACGGAGACCUCCCGAGCCCAAAUGACCUGAAAUAUAAAAUCCUGAUCAAGAAUAAAAAGCUAAAGUUUAGGAGAGAGGACGCAGCAGGGACAGAGGCAGAGGAGAGUGUAGAUGAGGGCGAGGAUGAAGAGGAGGAUGAGGAGGAGGAUGAGGAUCAUCAAACCCAAGCAAAGUUCUGGUCUCCCAGAAAGGCAGGGCCAAAGGUGAGAUUGAAGAAGAAGGUGGUGGUUGCAGAGGCUCUCUCUGACCUGGUCAUAUACACUAGGUCUGUCAAGUUCAUCAGCUUCAGUCACUCCAGGGACAAUCAGAACUGCUAUGAGAACACGUCCAUGGGAGAGAAGAAAGCUCGCAAGCUAGCCAAAGUCUCAGGUCCUGAUUUUGUUCUGCACAACCAGAAGUUCCUCAGCAGGAUCUACCCAGCUGGGUCAAGGACGUCUUCAUCCAACUACAACCCUCAGGAGUUUUGGAACGUCGGCUCACAGCUGGUGGCUCUCAAUUUCCAGUCCCUGGGCUUGGCUAUGGACCUUAAUGAUGGUCGUUUCCAGGACAACGGGGGCUGUGGAUACGUCCUGAAGCCACCGGUGCUCAUGUCCAGUCAGAAGAGCUUUGAUCCUGCCUGCAGCAAGCAAAGCGGCAAACCCACACACCUGCUGCUAAAGGUGAUCUGUGGGUCCAACCUGCCUAUUCCCAGAAGUGGCAAAGCCCUGGACCCUUUCGUCAGAGUAGAAACUCAUGGGAUCCAAUCUGACUCACGGAGAAAGAACACACACACUGUCAAAGGCAACUCCCUGAGUCCUUACUGGGAUACAGACAUGAACUUCUCAGUCAGCGUCCCUGAACUGUGCCUCAUUCGCUUCUGUGUUCGAGACCAGACCGGCAUCCUCAGUAGUGAUUUUGUGGGCCAGUACUCCCUGCCCUUCACCAGCCUGAAGAGAGGCUACCGCUGGGUGCCUCUCCGGUCCCGAGACGGAUGCAGCCUGGAUCCAGCCUCCCUCUUUGUCUUUGUUUGGUGUUCCUAAAAACAGC